AGAUUCUUCUCUCGCACUUCAACCCGAAGCCUUUGACGAAAUAUCAAAAUGUCAGAUCCAAAACCGAAUCCUGUGAAAGACGCACAAGGUGCUGAUGCCAGAAGCUCACAAAUUCAAUUAGCCAAGGAAGAUACUCCAGGUGGAACCAUAGUUGGAAGGUUACUGCAUUGCCAGUGUUGUUCAAAGACUCAUAGUGGGUUCUGGGAGACUCAACCUGUGGCGCAGAUAAAAGAUAUCGGAGACACGAGUUCGCCUGAAGGCCCAAUUGAGCCCGCAACUUUGGUAUCUGAGGUCAAGCCAGAGCCGUAUAACCUUCCUGGUCAAUUUGAGUGGACCAUAUGCGAUAUGAACUCUGAUGAUAUGUGUUCAGAGAUGUACAACUUUCUCAAGGAAAACUAUCCUGAUGAUGGACAUAGGUUCAAGGUUGCUUACUCCAAAGAGUUUCUAAAGUGGGCAUUGUGUCCACCUGGUUAUUACCAGAACUGGCAUAUUGGAGUCCGAGUCAAGACCUCGAAGAAACUUGUUGCUUUCAUCAGUGGCGUGCCAGCUAGAAUCAGGGUGCGUGGUGAGGUUGUUAAAAUUGCAAAGAUCAAUCUCUUGUGUGUUCACAAGAAGCUCAGGUAUAAGGGACUUGCAUUUGUCAUGAUGAAGGAGGUGACUAGAAGGGUUCACUUGCAGAAUAUAUGGCAAGCGGCUUAUGCCACAUCUUAUAUACUCUCUAGACCAGUCACCAUCUGCCAAUACUCGGGAAGAAUGUUGAACCCGAGGAAGCUAAUGGAUGUUGGGUUAACAAUGCUUCGUGAAAGAAUGAAAAUGAGCAUGGCCAUCAAAUUAUACAAGUUACCAGAUGCACCAAUCACUCCUGGAUUUAGGGAAAUGGAGCGACGUGAUGUCCCUGCUGUUACAGAGUUGCUCAGGAACUACCUUUGCCAGUUUGGAGUUGCGAUUGACUUUGAUGAAAACGAUGUCAGGCACUGGCUUCUCCCAAGGGAACAUGUCGUCUACAGUUACUUAGUAGUAAGCCCUGAAAGUCAUGACGUCACUGACUUCUGCAGCUUCUACAGUGUCCCUGCAACUAUCACCAACCGGAAAUACAAAACAGUGGAAUGUGCUUAUUCUUACUACAAUGUAGCGACAGUGACCUCGUUACCCAAGCUGAUGAAUGAUGCACUAAUUGUCUCUAAGCAAAAAGGUUUUGAUGUGUUUUACGCGUUGGAUGUGAUGCAGAAUGAGACUUUCUUGAAAGAGCUGAGAUUUAAUGCCAAAAAUUCACCGUUGCACUACUAUCUCUACAACUACCGUUUGAGAAAUGCAUUGAAGCCAUCAGAACUUGGGCUUGUUUUCUAGUGCUGUUAACACCACUGUUCUAAGAACAACAACAUUCUAGAUCAGAAGUCAGAACAAUCCGAGUUUGUGAAGACAAUUCUGUCUCCUAGGACCAAGUGGAUUAGUUAAUGGAGUAGACGAUUUCUUUUUGUUUUGGAUUAUAAAAAGGUAAUGAAACUGAUGCUUUUUU